CCCAUACAGCUCCCAGAAUGCAAAGCGGCGCUGUCAUGGCGGCUCACUGAUGACACUUGUAGCACAUGGGCAGAAAUAAACACAGGUUUUUCAGACAGAGCUGAACUGACCACCCCCGCGGAUCAGCAGCGGAGCUUCUGCAGGGCUCGGACUCUUAGCGGUAACAGACGCCCCGGUGUGACCUCGCUUCCCGCCCGGUGUGAGCGCAGAUCUGAGGCCGGAGACAUGCUGCUGGAUGUGGAGGCAGCGGUGCUGCGGGGCUCUGUGGCAGAGAGCGAGCGCUGCGAGUGGGAGCAGAGCAUCUUCAGCGGCGGAGAUGGAGGUGUGCUGCUGCAGUAUGUGCUCGAGGGGGAUUUUGAGGCAGUGCUGCUCAGUCCCCAGGUUCUGGACUUGCUGGCUGGAGAUCCAGAGGAGGGAGAAAGCAUCGAGGCUUACCUGGAAAGACGGGUCCUCGUCUUCCUUAGCAAUGCCACUGAAGACCAGAAGAAUGACAGGGAGGUGGCUGUGUUGGCGUUGAUGGUAACCUGUCUGAACCUCUUUGCCCAGAGUAAUUGGACGGGGCCUCCAGUCAACCUGCAUGUUGCUGACUUCCUUCCUGCGGCCCUGCUGGAAGCGUACUCUGAGCCUGGAGCUCUGACCUCAGCGCUGCUCUCCAGUCUGCAGUUGGAUGGUGAAUCUGUGUACAGCCUGGUGGCCAACCCUCUCCUGCUGCUGCUUGCCAGAGUGCUGCUGGUCAACUGUGCUGCAAAACUGGAAAGUCUGCAGCUUCUGCCCUGGUGGACCCUGAGAUAUGUCGCCUUGCAUCAGCAGGUUCUGGAGGAAAAAUCCCCACAGCUCUUUGACCUAGCAAAAAGCUGCAUGGAGAAAGUGUGUAAACGUGAGGAACUCUUCAGCAGCCAAACACACAAGAACCUGUCUCUGCUCUUUCACCUGGAGUGCAGCUAUACCUGCCUGACCUACUACGACUUCCUCAAGGCCAAAGAGCGCCUGCAGAAAGCCCGGGAUCUGGCAGCGCUCGACAUUAACAUGACUGGUGCGCUUGGGAAGAGAACUCGUUUUCAGGAGAAUUUUCUUGCUCAGCUCAUCCUUGAUGUGAAGAGGAAGGAGAACUCCCCUUUUAUUGAAAGUGAGAGCAGCUUCUCGCCUGCACCCACGCCCAAAGAUCUCCUGCCAAAGGACCACCAGCUGAGUGAUGAUACAGUGCUGAAUCAGAUAAACCUGGCAGAGCCUUCUGAGCAUCAGCUCCCAGACCUCAGUGCAGAAGAGCAGGCCCUCAUCCUGGGAGUGUGCAUCGACUUCCAGAAGAACAAUCCGGUUCACAAGCUUAACGACGAAGAGCUCCUGGCCUUCACAACAUGCUUGCUGUCUCAGCCCAAGUUCUGGUCAGUGGAGGUGACGUCACUCUGCCUGAGGACGAAGAUGGAAAGAACGAGCUCACGGAGAGUGGAGCGUGCCAUGAUGCAAACUCAGACACUGGUUGAUUUUUUCACGGAGACGAGCUGUCCAGUGUUGGAGAGACUGAAGAUGUUCUACAGCUGCCGGGCACCUCCACAUUGGGAAAUACAGAGGCAGUUAGCGAGUCUACUGACAGAUCUGGGUCUGACCAGCUCUGCUCUGCUGAUCUACGAGAGACUGGAGCUCUGGGAGGACGCCGUCAUCUGCCUGGAGCGAUUGGGCCAACAUGGCAAGGCAGAGGAGAUCUUGAGACGAGAGCUGGAGAAGAAAGAAACCCCGUCUUUGUUCUGUCUGCUGGGUGACGUGCUGAAGGACCCGCAGUACUACGAUCAGGCCUGGGAGCUCUCCAAACACCGAAGCGCUCGAGCCCAGAGGUCCAGAGCCCUCUUCCACCUCCGCAACAAAGAGUUCCAGCAGUGUGUGGAGUGCUUUGAACGUUCACUGCGCAUCAAUCCCAUGCAGUUGGGAGUGUGGUUUUCUUUGGGCUGUGCAUAUUUUGCUUUGGAGGGCUAUGAAGGAGCAGCUAAAGCCUUCCAGAGAUGUGUGAAACUGGAACCGGAUAACUCAGAAGCCUGGAACAAUCUUUCCACAGCCUACAUCAAACUGAGGCAGAAGGAGAAGGCCUUCCGCACACUGCAGGAGGCCCUGAGGUGCAACUUUGAGCGCUGGCAGAUCUGGGAGAACUUCAUUGCUGUGUGUAUCGAUGUGGGCGAAUUCUCAGAGGCUAUCCGAGCGUACCACCGACUCAUGGACCUGAGGGACAAGUACAAAGAUGUUGAGGUUCUUGAAAUCCUGGUACGGGCAGUGGUUGAAAACCUGACGGACCACCGCGGAGAGCAGGCGUCCAGUCUGAGAGCUAAACUGCAGGAACUCUUUGGUCGAGUCUCCGCCCGCUUCAGCACUGACGCCCAGAUAUGGAGGAAGUAUGCCCAACUCUAUGGCAAUGGACAAAGCAACAGCAAGGAAGACAAUGAAAAGGCUCUGCAGUUCUUGUCUAAGGCUCACCGGUGUGAGACACAGACAGCAGGCUGGGAAAAGGACAUCAGCAGCUUUAAAGCUGUAUUAAAGGGAGCCAUCGACAUGGCCACUGUCUCUAUCAGCUGUAGCAGAGAGAAGACUAAUCCUCAGGAGGCCUUGCAGAUGUUGUCCUCAGCGCGGCUCAGUCUGAAGAGUCUGGCCACCAAAUCAAAACAACUCUACACUGACGUCUCUACUGGAAAUCUUCCUGAAGACCUUAGAGAUGAUGUGACAGAACUGGAACGACUUAUCACAGAGCUCCAAGACCUGAGCGCUCAGCUGCGCAGCCAAUCAGAAUAGCCGUUUCACUACACACAGACCUUAUCUUCAUCCAGCCUGUUGUAUUAUAAUGCUGUGCCUUUUAUCAACACACAACUUCAUAUUGAUUAAGCCUGGUUAUGGAAUAAACUGUUUCUACUGAUGUUUUAUCAUGAUUUUAUUGUCAGCAUAGAAAAGAGCUUAAUCUGUGAAUUGAACCAGCUGGACGUAUGAUUAAUGUUAACGUGUGAUUAACAUGAACAUUAGAUACAUUCCCUGCCCAUUUUUUCAGCUCUACUUAAACAUAUACGAAGGAGGAGGUGGAGAAAUAUAGUCCUUCUGAGUGUGCUGCUCCUAGAGUGGACAGUGUUUAAGAACUCCAGCAGCACUGCAGUGUCUGAUCCACUCGUACCAGAACAAUACACACUAAUAGCUGCUCUUAGGAGGUCUCUCCUGUAGGGUCCUAACCAUUAAAACAGGACUAAUAUUCUGGCUGGACUGUGUAUAAAUAACAGACAAAUAGUGUUGAGCUCAGUACAAAGGUCUAAAAUAUCAUUAAUUACAUACAUAAAUUGCUGCUGUGAAGCAAAAAGCUUGUAUUUCCAGAACAUAAAUAUAGUGAGUAUAUAUUAAUGUACAAUUAGAAGUAAAUUUGAAAGUAAUUUUAAGUACCGUUUUUUUGGGGGGGGAUUAUAAGGCGCAUUAUUUUUUAAGUCAAACAAGUGCUUAAUAUUACACAGAUAUUUACACACAAUAUUUACACUUUACGUUUUCUCUCAUGAAAACUGUUUAUUUAGGUGAAUAAAGAGCUUCCGUUUGUUUACAGUAAGCUUAGAUUUCCAGAUUUCCAGAAAGCUAGCCAGACAGCGCUACACUGAGGAACCCUGAGUGUUCCGGUAAGCCAGGGUGAUAUUAGCUAGCGGUUCCUCCCACAUAUGUUGUUUUAGCACAGUAAAGGCACAGGCUACAGUCCGAUAUACUAACUUGUGUAUAAUGAAAGAGCUAACUAGCACUUAGCGUGUAAUGCUCAUGCUGCUCCAGCAGUGCUAACCGGGGUUAGUAGCAAGCUACAGUCCGAUAUAUUCGCCUAUGAACGGUGAAAGGGCUACCGCUUAGCACAGUUAGCAGGUAAUGCGAAUGCUGCUCCAGCAGUGGUAGGGAGGGUUAGCAGCAGGCUACAGGCCAAUAAUACUCACCUCUAAACGACAAAAAAACUAGGCAUACUGACGAUUUUUGGGAAAAGUUAAGGUUUUUAAGUGGUAGUCUUUCUCUUGACAUUUCAUAAUGAAAUUCUGAUGCAGAUUCAAAAUUAUGUCAAUAAGUAAAAAGAAUUACAACUGUGGAAAUGCAAGGUUUUUGCAUGACAGUGUCAGUAAGAGCAACAAUCAUUAAAAGUCUGCAAAAAAUCUGCUAGAACAUUGAGGCACACAAAUCCUUUAUAAAUCAGUUAUUAAAAAAAAAAAAGUAGAACACAUUUGUGUUGCACCAGCCACGCAUAUACCUGCUGUUAUUCACUGUACAUCUUUAGUCACUGUCACCAGACCCACAUCUGACAUUUUUCUACAAACGUUAAUGCACAGCAUUGUAUGUGUACUGAAUACUGAUCAACAAAAUCAAACACCCUGGAAAUGCACACACAUUAAGGUCUUACGCAUGUAACAACUGUAUGGCUUUCUUAAUGAUAAUAAAUUAUCGUUUGUAA